UCAAGACAAAUCAGGCUUUAUAACAGGGAAAAGUCGGUGCCUACAGUCGAACCAUCGGAUCCUAUCAAGAGCCGAACGGAUCCACUUUACAACUCAGGCGACCGUUUUCACUUCUUGAAAAAGGCCGAAAACAACGUUCCUCUCUCUCUCUCUCUCUCUCUCAUACACUCGACCAUGACCGCCACAAGGUUAGCCACGACCCACGCCAGGAAUCUCAUGAAGCUCAGCUUUUCUCUCUUCCGCCGUGGCUUCAACUCCUCCAAAUGCAAGACAGCGGCUAAGAUGGCGGUGGCGAGGAUAAAGCUGCUGAGGAACAAGAGACAGGUGGUGGUGAAGCAGAUGCGGCGAGACAUUGCGUUGCUUCUACAGUCUGGUCAAGAUGCCACUGCUCGCAUCCGGGUCGAACAUGUUAUCAGAGAACAGAAUGUUUUGGCUGCAAAUGAGUUCAUUGAGCUCUUCUGUGAAUUGGUUGUGUCCAGACUUCAGAUCAUUGCCAAGCAAAGGGAAUGCCCAGCAGAUCUCAAAGAAGGGAUUGCUAGUUUAAUAUUUGCUGCUCCAAGGUGCUCAGAAAUUCCAGAACUAGUGGCAAUUAGGAAUAUUUUUGAGAAAAAAUAUGGGAAAGAUUUUGUAUCUGCAGCUACUGAUCUGCGACCUAACGGUGGUGUAAACCGCAUGUUAAUAGACAAGCUAUCUGUCAGAACCCCUACUGGUGAAGUGAAGUUGAAAAUCAUGAAGGAAAUAGCAAAAGAACACAAUAUUCAAUGGGAUACAACAGAAUCUGAGUUGGAGCUUCUCAAGGCUCCAGAAGAGCGUUUAGAAGGACCAAACACUUUCGUUAGUGCUACCAGCUUACCCCUGAAGCCCGGACCGACUCAGUCUGCUGAGUCGAAUAAGCCAACUACCAGAUCAACAUGUUGUAGAGAAAAUGGCAAUAUGCAUUUUGAGGACACAGUGUCAGCUGCUGAAGCAGCUGCAGAAUCUGCCAAGAAAGCAAUUGCUGCUGCCCAAGCUGCUGCCUAUUUGGCAAACAGAGACUUCAAUCCAGCCACUCGAGCUUCUAGCCUUGCUAAUAAGUCGAAUGAUUCCAAUAUCAACCAUGCAUUUGAUGAUACCCUUUCGGGCAAAUCUACUGGCUCCUUCAUGCCAAAUGACCAUUCUGCAGUUAACUUACAGAAUAUGGAUCAUCAGCUAAACGCUACAGGGAGCAAAUAUGAGUCUGAGAGUUUUGGAAGGUCUCAUUGUGUAAGCAGUGAGGAGACACUGACUACUAAUGUGAAUGGUGGAAAGGUUUAUAGGAGGCAGAGCUACAAUGCACUGUCUGGACAUUCAGGCAUAAAGUUUGAUGAAUCAGACUGUGAUGAAGAAAUCGAGAUGGAAGAACCACCCAGUGGCAUUUGUCCACCACCCGAGCGGCCUCCACCUUCAGUACCUUCAUGUCAUGAUAAACAAGACACAGCCCUUCGCGUGCAUCCCAAAUUACCAGAUUAUGAUGCACUUGCUGCUCGCUUUGAAGCACUGAAGUAUCGCAAAUCACUACCUAAAACAUAGAUUGCUUGGAUAUCAAUUUUGUUUGCUUUUAUAAUCAUUUAGAGAUGGUCUAUGCAUGCUUUUGUAUCUCAUAGAUACUAAAUUACGCAUAUGCGAGAUUAUUAAAUUUGUAAGGAGAGUGUGAUCAUUUGUCAA